CGAAAGCGAGUGCAGCUCUCUGCCUCCCUUCCAAUAUAAGAUUGGUGUUGUUGUGGCGACACUGUUGAGUUUACGAACAUCGCGAGACGCGUCUCUGUGACUCUGUGACUCUGUGAUUGUGAACGGCCAGUGGCAGUGGCGCGGUGACCGUAGUAGCGUUCAGUGGUUGUAUGUGCGCUCGCUCAACCUCAACACACUCUCAUCUUCCCUCAGUUUCAAACCGCUCUUCUUCAAACCGGGUUAUAUAAGUUCGUGUUGCCGUUCAAUCAAAAAACUGAACAAACAGAUUCUUUUAUUAUUGUUGGUCUGCAUCAAAUUCCUCUCGACCGGAAUCAAUUCAAUCUGCAUGGUUCUAAAAAUCAAAUAAGCAGUCUUUAUAAAGUUAGAGCUGCUGCUUCAUUUUAGCAGCAGAAAAUGUCGAACACGACUAUCAUCAAGAAUCCAACAUGGUGGCACCGGAGGACCAUGCUGGAGAGGGGAUUGACUGUCAUAACAGCUGUCGCGUUUUUGGCUUGUGUUCUACUUGCUGUGGCGUUAUCGACAAUUCUGUUGAGGGAGGCAGAAAAACAAGGAGAAAACAUGCCCUCGGCAUCUGCCUCAGUAGGGGGAAAAACUGAAUCAGCUCCUAGUCGUGCUGGUCAGGGGCGACACAAGGAAGACUGGAACCUCUGUCUCACCUCUGGCUGUGUAGCAACUGCUAAUGCAGUCCUGCAAAACAUGGACAGAAAAGUAGAUCCAUGUGAUAACUUCUACGAGUUUGCCUGUGGAAAGUUUGUGGAGGAGUCGAGGAUCCCAGACGAUAAGUCUUCGUUGACAACAUUCAGUGUGAUCAAUGACAAACUGCAGGAGCAGUUACGCGACAUCUUGGAUCAACCUAUAUCUUCACACGACAUCAAACCUUUUGUUUAUGCCAAGAACCUCUUCAAAGCCUGCAUGAAUAAGACUUUGAUCGAGGAGAAGAGCGCAACGCCAGUGCUGAGUAUACUGAAAGAGCUGGGCGGUUGGCCGGUGCUGGAGGGCUCCGAUUGGAAUGAGGCCGAAUGGGAUUGGAAGAAGAGUGUCUACACAUUCCGGGAGAAGGGAUUCAGUGUCGAUUAUUUCUUGGACUUCUCCGUUGGAGUCGAUCUCAAAAAUUCAACUGUUCGCGUCAUUGAUUUGGAUCAAGCUACACUUGCACUGAGUCGUGAAUAUCUAGUCAAAGGUCUAAGUGAUAAACUAGUCGCAGCUUACUACGAUUAUAUGGUGGAUAUUGCUGUAUUGUAUGGAGCUGACAAGAACGUUGCCAAAACUGAACUGAAGAAGUCUCUCGACUUUGAAAUUAAUCUGGCCAAUAUGUCUCUUCCACUUGAAGAGCGAAGGAAUGCAACCAAAUUGUACAAUCCCAUGACCUUGCCUGAGUUGCAGCAGAAAUUCCCCAGCAUCCCAUGGACAGAAUACUUCCGCAAUCUACUUCCAGACAAAAUCAAAAUCAGUCCUGAUGAAUUUGUAAUUGUCAACGUUCCAUCAUACAUUCACAAGCUGGAAGCUUUGAUGAGUAAUACACCAAAGAGAGUACAGGCCAACUACGCAUUAUGGAGAGCGGCCGGUGCAUCUGUGAGCUACUUGUCGGACAAUUUCCGCAGACGUCAGCUGGAGUAUUCGACUGUGCUGUCAGGCCGCACCGAAAUCGAGGCCAGGUGGAAGGAAUGCACUGAUGUUGCUAGUGGCAGCCUGUCUCUAGCAGUUGGAUCUCAAUAUGUGAGGAGAUUCUUCAAAGAAGAUGCCAAAAAGAAUGCAGAGGAAUUGGUAUUACGAGUUCGCCAGGAAAUGUACAAAAUCCUUGAACAUGUUGAGUGGAUGGAUGACAAAACUAGGGCCGCCGCUUUAGAUAAGGCAAAGUCAAUGACAACUCAUAUCGCCUAUCCAGAUGAGCUACUAGAUGAUGAAAAACUGAUGCAAUUCUAUGAAAAUCUUGAAAUUGGUUCGGAUGAUUACUAUGGAGCGAUACUCAACUUGACAAAAUUCGGUACAGAAUACAGUUUCAGCCGCCUUCGAGAUGCUGUGAAUAAGUCAGAAUGGAUAACACAUGGAAGACCAGCUAUUGUGAAUGCAUUCUACAGUUCAAUUGAGAAUUCAAUUCAAUUUCCCGCUGGUAUCCUGCAAGGAACAUUCUUCAAUAAGGAUCGACCACACUACAUGAACUAUGGAGCAAUUGGAUUUGUUAUUGGACAUGAAAUAACUCAUGGAUUUGAUGAUCAGGGUAGACAAUUCAACAAAGACGGUAAUCUUGUGGACUGGUGGCAAGAAGAGACGAAGAAGAAAUACUUGGAGAAAGCGAUGUGCAUAAUCCACCAGUACGGAAACUAUACUGCUCACAAAGUCAAUUUGAAGUUGAAUGGCAUAAAUACCCAAGGUGAGAACAUAGCUGACAACGGAGGCAUCAAGGAGGCCUACUACGCGUACCAGUCGUGGGAGAAAGAGCACGGAGCAGAGGCUCGACUGCCCGGCCUGCAGAUGUACACGCCGCAGCAGAUGUUCUGGAUCAGUGCUGCCAACUCGUGGUGCUCCAAGUACAGGGACGAAUCACUCAAGAACCGUAUCACCACCGGAUUCCAUUCUCCGGGAGAAUUCAGGGUUAUCGGUCCACUCUCAAAUCUCAAGGAGUUCUCUAAGGAUUUCAGCUGUCCCAGUGGGUCAAAGAUGAACCCACCACAUAAAUGCAGUGUUUGGUAGUGAUAAGGAUAUUGUCAGAAAACAUUAUUGAAAAAAUACAAAGACUAUUGAUGGAGCAAGAAUUGAAAUAUUAUUCUGUCAACAAGCUGUACGAACAAAUAACAAUUAAAUUCGCAUAGUCGUUUUAGGAGUAUAAGUGGCUAUAAGUUUCAUAUAGGCUUAUAUCGUAUUCACCAUUUCCACAGAGGACCCGUGCAUUCAAGAGUAAUUUUUGGUUCAAAUGAAUACGGUGAUGAUCUCGUCAAACAAUCUAGAGACGCAAGGAUAAAAUGAAUAGUUUGUCGUUCAAACAGGAAAUUGAUUAAUUUCAUCAUCCAGGAUCCUGACGCUUUAUAGUUGAAUUUAUUAUUAAUUGCAUGUUCAUUUAGGAAAUUUUAAGAAUAAGAAUCAUGUUAUGCAGAGACAAUUCUAAUAAUAAAUCUCACUUUCCAUGCUUCUAUAUUUUUAACAAUAUAAUUGAAGCUUAGGUUUAGGAAACAACACAGUAUACCAAUGAAUGAAAUGUCAAAACUAUAGGCCUACUAUUUAUUACGUGGAUAACAGAGAUAAAAAUAUUUUAUACAGUAUUGUAUUCAAUAAAAAUGUAUUGUCCAAGAUGCAAUCAACAUGAAGAUAAUGUGUCAAACAGUAGAGGAUGAAGGCUACAAGCCUAUAUUCUGAUAAAUAUUUGCUGACUACCGGUAUAGGCUAUUCAAUAGAAUUCCGUCCAAAUGUGAUAGUUAACAACAAUUCAGAAAUUGUAUAAAAGCACAAAAUUGGAAUGAUGAUGAGUAGAAUGUUUAUUAGAAUCAGUAUUACUGACUUUAGGAGCUUUUUGAAUAUAGUAAAAUGAUUUCUGUUUAUUUGUUCUUCAUCUAAUGGUAAUGAAUCAAUAUUUAUAAAUGAUAUGUUAUUGCUGAACUCUCAUCAUUAUCCGAAGUGCAACUUGUGAAGUAGUCGCCGUGGAUGAUCAUAUUAUUAUAGCAUUUGGUACUAUAGGCCUAGUUAUUUAUUUAACUUCUCUUUUGGUUAAAUAUGUAUUCUGUCAUUUAAGCUAUUUUUAUAAUAAAUUGACUUAAUUUCAAA